UUCCUCCUCUGUGUAAGUUUCAGAUAAAACAUUAAAACAAAAUCUACAUCCUGUAAAGCGUCCCAGCUCUCUGUAUCUCCACUUUACCUUCAAAUAGAAUCAUUAACACUCUUUUUUUUUUUUUUACAUUAACGUGUAAAUCUGUUUAACAUUUCAUUCCUGAAACAUCGUCCUUUUCCACGAGUCGUCUGUUACAGGUCACCCCUAUUAAAUAUUUGGAACAUUCCAUAAGUUACAGCAGCAGUUCAUCAGGACGUUGCAUCAUCUGAAUUUCCUGAAGAUCACGGGAAGAAGAAAAGCAAAGGAAAGUUCUCUUGUUUUUAUUUUUUUUCUAUAUUUAUGAUAAUGUGACAGUGAUUGACGAGGUCACUUUGAAAGAACACACAUUAUAGGCUGAUUUUUUUAAAUGAAUUAACAAAAAUACAUUUUAAUUGAAUUAUUAGAAGAUCCUUAAUGUCCUCUCAUUAGCAUGUUAACUUGCUAACCACAUCUUGUGUAUUUGCUCAUUCUAUGCUUAAAAACUCAACUAUGUUACUCAUUUAAAACCAAAAUGCAGCACUGAAGCUGUCUAAGAAAUGAGAUUGUUGAAUGAGAUGGGUUAAAACAUUUACUCAACAAUUAAUUUAAUGUUUUUAUUCGAUAAAACGGUACAGCUUGUUUGGACACGGUGUUCUCCCCUCAAUGUUACUCAGUGCGCAUGCUCCGCUCCGCCAGGGGGCGCUCCACACUCAGUACACUACACUGCACCUGGUCGCGUCUCUGUUCCAAAUCUAUCUCUGUGCACUAUAUUCGCGCCCUUACGUCAGCAGUGCAGUGACGGUUUCUGCGCCCUACCUAGUGCACUAGAUGUGUGAUUGCGGAUUGAACCGCGGCGGACAUUUCGGAGGGCAUUUUGAAAAGCUUUUACACGGAGCUUUGUUUAGGAGCUUGAACAUUUUAGAGCAGGUUAAAUGUUUUAAAUUGCGGUUUAUUUUCUGUCAUUUUCACCGCAUCCUGUAAUUACAGCCUUCUUGUAAAAGGUGAAGCGGUGUAAUGCAGCGUGUGUUAGCAGUGCGUGAGCCGCUGGGCGCGCUCGUGCCUGGGCCCCGCCCACUGGAGGGGAAGUCGUUUUACCUGGAUGAGGUGAAGAGUCACUCGUGCGGCGUCCUCACCAAACUCAUCAUCCGCCUCGGAGGGAAAGUGGAGAGUUUCCUCUAUAAGGACGUGAACGUCGUCAUCACGGGAAACAGGGACGCCCUGACCGACAUCACGGCCCCAUCGGGAAAGGUCAAAGGUCACGAUUCUCCUCGUGAGCAGAGAGCGAGCGGGACCGCCGCGGCUCAGCGGCCGGGAACCCCGAGAGCAGCGGUGUGCGGCAGCCGAGGAAAAGCCUUGCUGGAGAAAGCCAUCCGCAAUAACGAGCAGGCUCGGGGUGGUGUGUUGUCCAGCGCCGCUCGCUACUGGGGCGUGAAGAUCGUGUCUGUAGACCAGUUUAUGAAGGUUGUAGAGGAGCUGAGCUCACACCGCUCCGCUCACACACACCGCAGGAGAGAGGAGAAGAAUUCGAGUGAAUGUUCAAGUGUGCGUGUCAUCAAAGCUGGCAGUCUGAAGGUGGACUUUGUGAAGGUGGAGGACUCGGGCAGGAAGUACAGGCCUCUGUAUGGCCAGUCUCUGCAUUUCCCCAUGCUGAGCUACACGAGAAGAUUCAGUCCUUUUGAGAAUCCUGCCCCAGUGCAGCCUGGGAAGACGAAAGAAGACGAGCUCAGUAAAGAUAAAUUCAGAAAAAGUGAAGAGCCGAUCAGUAGUCACGAUAAACCAUCGGCAACUCCUUCCCCUAAAAUAUCUCACAAGAAGAAGAGCUUGGGCUACUGCGAGUGCUGCCAGAUAAAGUACGAAGAUCAGGACGAGCACUUGCAGUCGGACGUUCAUCGGCGCUUCGUGGAGAACGUUAAUAACUACGCCGUGGUGGAUCAGUUAGUGGCUUCCAUGGAUGCCGUUUUCUCGGGAUGUAAAGAUCCGCAGGAUGAUGCACUGAUGAAGAGGUUGUCAAGCUGCUCUGUAGCUCCUUCUUCUGAAAUCGUGCAGCAGCGUACAAGUGAAAUAGAAACGUGUCGGACAAAUCAAGAGACCCUUGCAGAACCCGCAAGCAAUGUGGAAGUCCAACAAGAAUGUGUUCGUGACCCCCCAGUUCUCCCUCAGGAGCCUCAGGAACCUCCUGUAGAUGCUCCUCCUUACACUUCCUUGGACCCCGAGUUUGAGGAUGAAAAACUAAACUCGACAGCAAACUCUGAAACCUGUGUUCCCAGUCCUCGCCCUCAGGACGAUGUUAUUGUGGACAGUAAACAUCUAGAGUGCUCUCCGCCUUCUCCAGGAGCGGGGUCAGAUGGUCAUAAACCCAAUGCUCCACAGGAGCUUGGAGAAAUCUCUCCGAGACCUUCCCAUGGCCUAGAAACGUCACUAAACGAGGACAGAUCUUCAUCAACUUGUUUAAAAAGUCCCAAGCAGCGUCAAGAAGAUCCCGUGAAUGAUUUACCUUCAUGUGCACGGUUAAUGGAAAGGGAACAGACUUCCUUUGUAGAUGCCACCUCUUGCUCUCCGGCGUUUCAUUCCCUGCCAUUUCGGUCAUUGUCCACCAGAAUUUCAGACGGCCUGAACCCCAGGAAGCGCAGCAGAUCCUUUAUUCUCAGCCCAAAGACCUCAAAGAUGAGGAGGACUAAUCUGUGGUCUGAUCCAACCAAUCAGAACAGUGAUAUCAACAUCAGAUUUGAUCGCGUACAGCAGAAUGUGAUUAACGGACGCACGGAGGCUAAUGACAUUACUGAAUGCAAGCUGGAAACUGCAGAGCAGGAUCCUUUACCAAACGUUUCCCUCAGCAACGUGGCAACUCCAGAGGAUCGCUUGUCUUUCCGGAACGAUCAUCAGGAUGAACCGGUCUCUCAAACAUACCCAAACAACAAAGCUUGUGAUGUCUCCUCAGAACUCAGUCCUCCUCAGCUGUACCCUUUCUUCCACGAUGACGUCUACCAAAAUCACCCGCCAUUUCUUGAGCCUCCUAAACUUGCUCCUAGUGCUCCCUUUCCUUCUACAAGUAAGACCUCCAGCGCUUCUCUCCUGUCUCAGUCCUUUUCGUCCGUCUGCAUCGAGCCUGCGCUCGUCCCGAACACUUUUUCCGCUGCUUCUUCCGAAUCGGAUUGGGAUUCCGGCCUCCUGUCGCGGUUGGCACCGCCGCUUCACCUCCAGCCCAAAGGGGGGCGCUGUGAGCUGGACUUAGGGCUGCUUCUGCAAAGUUCCUGCGCCGGGAUGCAGGACGGAAGCUACACAUCGCGACUGUGUUCCGUGUUGCAGCCCACCGCUUCUUCAUCGCACGCUGGUUUUGGAGAUCCGAAUACCAUGUACCGACCGAUCGAGACGAUGGACAGGCGGAUAAUUCAGAGUCUGGGAGUGUAGUAGCAGGACCGAGACUGAAGAGAUCUGUCGAUUUCAUGCUAGCUCAGUUGAAACUUAGAGGCGGAGUGCAUUUGGCUAGCGUGGUGUUUUUCCGCUUAGCAGCACAGUGGGGUCAAAGGAUGAAGGAUGAACACGAUCCCGACUUCUCAUUCUGGAUAUAAAGGUGAUAUCUGAGCUUGUAACAUGAGUUGAUGCUAAUCUAGUAGCAAUAACGCAACAUUUGUGUUGGUGUGCUUUAAGAUCUUUCACAUGUAAGAUGUAAGAUCCGCUUCGCAUUAGCUAGCCUCAUCACCAAAGUGACUGGACAGGGAGGACCUUCUGUAAUGUGUCUCUGCUUUAGCGGCGCACUGAAACCUGUAUGAUAGAAUAAGGGGGGUGUUCUUCAAGAACCCUGCUUUGGGAGAGGACACGGAAACCAUUACGCCAAGAGCGCAAUAACAAUCCAAAUCCCAAGCAGUUUUCUGCUAACGAAUUUGCAGAG